GUGCACUAGGUGCAGUGGUGCACUCGGUCUGCUCCCUUGUAGCACUGAUUCGGCUCAUGGCUUCAGAAUCAAAGACUCACACAACUAAUCCGGAGCGCAAACAGUCUUAAUGAGAAGGAGAUGGCCUGCGCCAGAGUUCCCCUAGACGAGCAGCAGGUGACGGAGGGUCCGCAGGGUAGAGAGCGGACCCUUCCAGCUCUGCACCCGGAGCGUAAAGAGGACAGGGGUUUCCUGCCCUACCAACCGCCACCUGAGGACGGCUCACCUGCACAGGUAGAGGAAUUCCUGGAGCAGGCCCAGUUCAUUUCGGAGGACCUGGAGUGGCUGCUGGCGUUACCUCAUGACAAGUUCUGGUGCCAGGUGGUGUUUGAUGAGUCUCUACAGAAGUGUCUGGACUCGUAUCUGAGGAACGCUCCACGUGGUAUAGACUCUGCCAGCCUCUCUUCCUCUCCGGCCGUGGCAGAAAUGCAGCGCAGCCUUCAUCGCUCCGUCUUCAUGGUCUUCCUCAGGAUGGCCACGCACAAGGAGUCCAAGGACAACUUCAUCACACCUGCUGUGUUUGGAGAAAUUAUUUAUGACAACUUCCUGUUCGACAUUCCGAAAAUCCUGGACCUGUGUGUGCUGUUUGGUAGAGGGAAUACUCAACUGCUGCACAAAAUGAUCGAGAACAUCUUCAAUCAGCAGCCCAGUUACUAUGGCGACCUGAACGAGACUGUGCCCUCGAUCAUUCAGGUGUUUGAUACGAUUCUGGAGAAGUGCGGACUGCAGUCUGAGGAGACAGGAGCCAGUGAGCCGGUCAAACUGAACACACAACCCCGCCGCACCACCAUGACCAUGACAGAGGAGGAUCUUGCUGACCUGGUGUUGUACCUGUGCGACACCUGCACCACCAUACACUCUUUUCUGGACAUCUUCCCUGGAGCCUGCUCCACCUUUCACCAACACGGCUUCCUCAACAGAUUGUCCUCGUUCUACGAGACAGCAGUGCCCGAUCUGGAGAAAGCGCUGACAAAGAGAAACUUCGAUAAAUGUCUGCAGGAGGAUCUGUGGAGGAGAGUGUGUCACUCCCGCAGGAGAAUGGUGGAGAUCACACACCUGCUGCUGCAGCACACCUGCCUGCAGCCUAUACUGGAGGGCUCUGAACAUACAGCUUCAUUUGUAGAGGAUUUUCUUCAGACCUUCUCAGCUUUCCUACAAGAGAAAAGGUUUUUGGCGGAUUAUGAUGAGCAGUUUCCUGUGGCUGAUGACAUCAGUCUCCUUCAGCAGGCUUUUCCUCACCUAGAUGACACGCGGACGUCGUACCUGCUGCAGGCUGUAGAGUCCGCGUGGGACAGCAUCGGGAAAAAAAGGCCCGUUACGGCCUCGUCAGCCAAUCAGAGUGGAGACACUGCGAGCAAGGCAUACCCAGAUACGAGACCAGCCCUGAUGGAGGCAGCGGGAGGUGGAGCUACGAUGGGGGAGGAGCUUAGAGGGGCAGAGGCUAUGAUGGACAUCCCUCGCAAAGGAGCCAAUGGGGCAGUGUGCACUGUGAGUGCUGGAGAGUUGGAGUCUCUGCUCUCUCAUAUCCGCGACCUGUUGCCGGAUCUGGGCGAGGGUUUCCUGCUGGCCUGCCUGGAAGAAUACGGCUACGACAGUGAACUCGUCAUCAACAACAUUCUGGAGGACAAACUGGCUCCAGAACUCAACAAGCUGGACCGAGCAAUGCCCAGGCCAGUGAAGGAAGCUCUGCCCUCAGUGAUGAGCUCCAGAUCCAACGUGUUCGACGACGACGAGUUUGAUGUGUUUAAUCGUGACCAGCUGGACAUGAGCCGCGUGUGGAAGGGCAGGAGGCAGGGGGAGAGCGUCCGCGAGAUGCUCGAUGAUAAACGCCACAUUGAUGAACAGAGAGAGAGGUAUCAGAGCUAUCAGACCGUGGUGGAGGAGGUUCCCAUAGCAACCGACCAGUCCGGUAACCAAGGCGGCACUUACGCCUUUGAUGACUACGAUGACGAAUAUGAUGACACGUAUGACAUCAACCAGGUGGGGGCCAAUGACCUGGAUGAGGACGACGAGCUGCUGAACCGCAGACCCUUCACCACACCGCAGGUGCUCAGGACUGGACGGCAGGAGCAAGAGGAAGAGGAGGGAGAAGAGGAAGAAGAAGAAAAGGAAGACGCAGUGAAGCGAGAUCAGUUUGUGCAGGACCCUGCGGUGCUAAGAGAACGAGCAGAAGCCAGACGAAUCGCCAUGCAGAGCAGGAAAGGCUACAGACUGCCCCCUCAGAGUCAUGUGGUGGGCGGACCUAAGGGGCGGGGCCAGACGCAGGAAACCGUUGUGGAUCGGCGCAGGAAGGAAAUGAACAAGAGCCGGGGAGCCAAUCACAAUCGCCGAGCCAUGGCGGACAGGAAGAGGAACAAAGGCAUGAUCCCGUCCUGAGACGGAGAAAAACAAUGCUGACUGCGCACCAGACUGGACUGGAUACAGUUAAUAUUAUAAAUAAUCCGAGAGAUUUAGAGGAGAUGGAGGAUGCUCCACGUACUAGAUACUGAGUGUAGCACCCAUUAAAUACGUAUGUCGUCGCCGUGGUAACAAAACCUCACAUCUUCAAAAGAAAAGGGGAAAAACAUCUAAAAUAUAACACACAUUAAUUAAAAGACAUAAUUUUGGAGCAUUUCUAUUCACCUACUCAUCGAUAUAUAAACGAUAUAUAUAAAUAAAUUAAUUAAUUAAUAAAUAAAUGCAGAGGUUUUGAUUCGACAGCGACGAUAUGAUCUAAGGAACAUCCAGACGCUCCGUUUACCGGCCUUUACUUUUU